AUGUCGCCGAUUCCCAUCACCAUCGUUACCGGCUUCUUGGGCUCGGGCAAGACGACGCUCAUUCUCAACCUCAUUCCCCAACUUCGCGCCCAAAACCCAGACUACAAACUCGCUCUUCUAAAGAACGAAUUCGGCGAUCUCGCUGUCGACUCGCAACUCGCAGCCAACUCUUCUAUCUCGGGUGUUCAAGAACUCCUCAACGGAUGCAUCUGCUGUAACCUCGUCGGCCAACUUGGCCCCGCACUUAAGGAACUCGAAGACACCGUCAGCCCCGAUCGAAUCGUUAUCGAAACCAGCGGCUCUGCUUUCCCCGCGACUCUCGCUCUCGAAGUGAACCGUCUUGCGCGCGAGUCUGGAAAGUACGUUCUUGAUGGUGUCAUCAGCGUUAUCGACGUUGAGAACUGGAAGGGUUACGAGGAUACCAGCUACACAGCCCGCAUUCAGGCGCGCUACACGGAUCUUAUCGUUUUCAACAAGUGGGAGAAUGUCAGCAUGCUGCGAUAUGACGAGUGUCUCGACCGGGUUGGUGAUCUGGAGGUGGACGUUGCCAAGGUCAAGAGCGACAAGGGCAAGGUCUCCAUGGACUUGGUCUUUGGUGUGGAUGGUGGUUUAGCGCAAGAGUUGACAGAGGCAGAUGUCGAGAAGACCAAUGGAACCAACGGACACAGCCAUGAGAACUCCAAUGGAACAACAAACGGCCACUCACACAACCACCAGAGCGAAGUCGAGGUUCUUUCAGUCGUUCUCAAGGCCGACCCCUCAUCACGCAUCAACACCGAAAAGCUCAUCGCGUUCCUCUCCUCUGCGCCCAAGGACGAAGCCUACCGCAUCAAGGCUCUCGUCUCACUUUCCUCCCCACCAACAAACUCAGACCCUGAUAUCCCUAAGCCAGAGCCUAGCGCAUCGGGUCGCUACAUCCUCAACUGGGCGUUCGGUCGCUGGACUUUCACACCCGUGGCGGAAGCUCUUAAGGAGCACGACUCAAGCAGUGAUGUUACAUUGCGCAUGACAAUAAUCUUUGCGCGGUAUGAGAGCAACAAGUGGAAGAAGAGACUCGAAGCUGGAGGUUUGAUAGAACUAGAGGGCGGCGAUUCAAGUGGAUUGACCGUUACUAAAACCCUAUAG